AUGAAGACACCAGGUGAUACCCUGUGGGACUCUUAUGCCACCACGAUGAAGACUGCAUUCACACCUAAGAUGGCAGCAGUGCCUGCUUUAACUUGUCCAAAAAGUACCAGACGAUUAGGAUAUACCUAUUCACUGAGUGAUCCUAUUCUCAAUCAGACACAGCACAAUGAUGAGUACACCUGGAAAUCAUAUUCUGAAAAAGAGUUGAUCAAGGCCAGAACCCCAAGAGGAACUGGGAGCCCCAGUCAAGCCCUCGUCCACUGGACACUACCUCCAGGUCACUCAACACCAGUGAAGAGCUUCCUCCCGUGGAAAAUCACUGCUUCGAUGGAUGAGGUCAGGAAGGCCAUAUCUAAUCAAUUUAUUUCCCAUACUAGAAGAGAGUUUGUGGACACAGCCAAAGCUCAGAAGACUAAGCAAAGUUCUCAGGUGCAUCUGGAAUGGAAAAAGUUAUUUCCGCACCCUGCAGACACUGAAUUUCGAUGGAAUUACCAAGUUCCAGCUUAAAUUCCUGAGCUUCAAGAUUUUAAUUUUAGUUUCAAAUAUGGAUGCUACUCAAGCUUACCAAUCGCUUCUCAGGGGGUGGUCCCUGCUGUGCUCUACAGCCACCUGAGGAAUCAGGAGCGCACAAAGAAGCAGACCACGUACCAGAGCGAUUACGGGCAAGCGUACCUGGAUUUCUUAGUGAUCUUGAACUCGUACACACCCUCUCAAGUCACAGAGUACCUGCAAAGUGUUUCCUGCAAAGACAGACAAAUUCUUGAUCACUUAAUUCAUUCUUACUGUGACAUUGACAAAGGGACGAAAUGA